CCGAGCUGUACCCUCAGAGUUAACUUUUUAAUCCCGGUUUUAUCGCGUUAUCACACACAAGAGGAGGCGGAGGAGGUUGGGGAGAGAAAAGGGGCUAAUAAGUCAGUCAUGGUUAGCGUGAAAGCCGGAGCGUCUUCUUGUAACUAAAGCCCGUUGAUAUUUAACUGUGAGGCGAAGGAGAAGAAGAAAAGGGGAAAAGGGAAGCCAGGAGAAGCGAGAGAAAAGCGGGGUACAAGAUGCAGCUGGCCGCGGUGCUGUGGGGCUCCCUUAUUACUUUGCUACUCAUCCAGAGUCCAGGAGUUCAGGGGAGCGCUGAGUGUUCGUGUGGGAGGAACCACUUCACAUGUGCGGUCAGUGCAUUCGGGGAGUGUACCUGCAUCCCGGCACAGUGGCAGUGUGAUGGAGACAACGACUGCGGGGACCACAGUGAUGAAGAUGGAUGCAUGCUUCCCACCUGCUCGCCCCUGGACUUCCACUGCGACAACGGCAAAUGUAUCCGCCGCUCCUGGGUGUGUGACGGAGACAAUGACUGCGAGGACGACUCCGACGAACAGGACUGUCCUCCCAGGGAGUGCGAGGAGGAUGAGUUUCACUGCCAAAAUGGCUACUGUAUUCGCAGCCUCUGGCACUGCGACGGCGACAACGAUUGUGGGGACAACAGUGAUGAACAGUGUGACAUGCGUAAAUGUUCGGACAAGGAGUUCCGCUGCACAGAUGGCAGUUGUAUUGCCGAGCACUGGUACUGUGAUGGAGACACAGACUGUAAGGACGCAUCAGACGAGGAAAACUGCCCCUCAGAUGUGAUGCCAGCCACCUGCAGCGUGGAGGAGUUCCAGUGUGCAUAUGGCCGCUGUAUUCUGGACAUCUACCACUGUGACGGAGACGACGACUGUGGAGACUGGUCGGAUGAGUCAGACUGCUCUUCCCACCAGCCCUGCAGAUCAGUUGAAUUCAUGUGCAGCAGCGGGAUGUGCAUCAACGCCGGCUGGAGGUGUGACGGCGAAUUUGACUGCGAUGACCAGUCAGACGAAAAGAACUGCACCACGUCCAUGUGCACAGCUGACCAGUUCCGCUGUGGAACUGGACGCUGUGUACGGUUGUCAUGGAGAUGUGAUGGCGAGGCCGACUGCUCCGACCGCAGUGACGAAGAGGGCUGUGAGAAAACUGAGAGUCCUCCAUGUGCUUCCGAUCAGUUCCAAUGUGGGAAUGGUCGCUGUAUCGGUCAGAGGAAAGUGUGUAAUGAGGUCAACGACUGCGGGGACGGGACUGACGAACACCCACACCAUGACUGCCGGCCACGCUCCAGCGAGGGCAACUGUAACCAGAAUAACGGAGGCUGCUCCCAGAAGUGUCAGAUGGUCAGAGGACUGGUCCAGUGCACCUGUCACACUGGGUACCGACUGAUGGACGAUGGUAAAGCCUGCCAAGAUGUAGACGAGUGUGCUGAAGAAGGCUACUGCAGCCAGGGCUGUACCAACGCGGAGGGGGGGUUCCAGUGCUGGUGCGUGCAGGGCUACGAGCUCCGUCCUGACAAGCGCAGCUGCAAAGCUCUGGGUCCGGAGCCGGUUCUGCUUUUCGCCAACCGUAUUGAUAUCCGUCAGGUUUUGCCGCAUCGCUCUGAGUACACCCUGCUGCUUAACAACCUGGAGAACGCCAUCGCCCUGGACUUCCACCACAGCCUUGAGCUGGUCUUCUGGUCGGACGUGACACUGGACCGCAUCAUGAAGGCCAACCUCAAUGGCUCCAACGUGGAGGAGGUUGUAUCCACCGGUCUGGAGAGCCCAGGUGGACUGGCCAUAGACUGGAUCCAUGACAAGUUGUACUGGACAGACUCGGGGACAUCCCGUAUCGAGGUGGCCAACCUGGAUGGGACACACCGCAAGGUGCUGCUGUGGCAGAACAUGGAGAAGCCUCGAGCCAUCGCGUUACACCCCAUAGAGGGUAAGAUCUACUGGACAGACUGGGGCAACACACCUCGCAUUGAGUACUCCAAUAUGGACGGCUCCAACCGGCGGGUCAUUGCAGACACACACCUGUUCUGGCCCAACGGCCUCACCAUCGACUAUGCCGGCCGCCGCAUGUACUGGGUGGAUGCCAAGCACCAUGUCAUCGAGAGGGCUGACCUGGAUGGACGCAACCGCAAGGCAGUCAUCAGCCAAGGCCUGCCCCACCCGUUUGCCAUCACGGUGUUUGAGGACAGCCUCUACUGGACUGACUGGCACACCAAGAGCAUCAACAGUGCCAAUAAAUUCACCGGCAAGAACCAGGAGAUUAUUCGCAACAAGCUGCACUUCCCUAUGGACAUACACACCCUGCACCCCCAAAGGCAGCCUGCAGGAGGCAGGAACCGUUGUGGCCCCAACAACGGAGGCUGCAGCCACUUGUGUCUCCCCAGCAACAAGACGUACACUUGUGCCUGCCCCACUGGCUUCAAGAAGGUGGACCACUACAACUGUGCAGAUGGUCUUGACAAGUUCCUGCUUUUUGCCCGAAGGACGGACAUCCGACGAGUCAGCUUCGAUACAGAGGACAUGUCUGAUGAUGUCAUCCCUCUGGCUGACGUGCGAAAUGCCGUAGCACUGGACUGGGAUGCCAAAGAUGGCUACAUCUACUGGACGGACGUCACCACCGACUCCAUCAACAGAGCUCUGUGGAAUGGCACCAAGCAGGAGGUGGUGGUGGACACCAGCCUGGAGAGUCCAGCAGGUUUGGCAAUUGACUGGGUGACCAACAAGCUCUACUGGACUGAUGCUGGUACAGAUCGUAUCGAAGUUUCUAAUGCUGAUGGGAGCAUGCGGACUGUCCUGAUAUGGGAGAACCUGGACCGGCCCAGGGACAUUGUCGUCGAUCCAAUUGGAGGUUUCAUGUACUGGACUGACUGGGGUGCCAACCCAAAGAUCGAGCGUGCAGGAAUGGACGCCUCUAGUCGCAUCGUCAUCAUCUCAUCCAAUCUCACGUGGCCGAACGGGCUCGCCAUUGACUAUCAGACCAAACGCCUGUACUGGGCCGACGCUGGCAUGAAGACAAUAGAAUUUGGCAACUUUGAUGGUUCUGAUCGACAGGUUUUGAUUGGCAGUCAGCUGCCUCACCCAUUUGGCCUGACUGUACACGAGGACAAGCUGUACUGGACUGAUUGGCAGUCCAAGAGCAUCCAGAGCGCUGACAAGCUCACCGGCUUGGGACGGCAGACACUGGCUGAAAACCUAGAGAACCUCAUGGACAUUCACAUGUUCCACCGACUACGGGAGACAGUGCGUAACCCGUGUGCUGUGAAUAAUGGUGGCUGCAGCCACCUUUGUCUCCUGGCUCCUGCUCCCAAAGCCUCCAGCUGUGCCUGUCCCACCGGGAUCAACCUGCAGAUGGAUGGAAAGACCUGCACACCCGGGAUGAGCAGCUUCCUGAUCUUUGCACGGAGGACAGACAUCAGGAUGGUUUCUUUGGAUAUCCCUUAUUUCGCUGAUGUGGUUCUGGCUGUUAAUAGUUCCAUGAAGAACACUAUCGCCAUCGGGGUCGACCCCAAAGAAGGAAAAGUCUAUUGGUCUGACAGUACACUGAAGAAAAUCAGCAGAGCUAACAUCAACGGAAAAGCAUAUGAAGACAUCGUAUCUACAGGGUUGAUGACAACUGAUGGCCUGGCAGUGGAUGCUGUUGGCAGGAAGAUCUACUGGACAGACACGGGAACCAACCGCAUUGAGGUUGCCAACUUGGAUGGCUCCAUGAGGAAAGUUCUCAUCUGGCAAAACCUGGACAGCCCUCGAGCCAUUGCCCUCUACCAUGAGAUGGGUUAUUUAUACUGGACAGACUGGGGAGAGCACGCUAAACUGGAGCGCUCAGCGAUGGAUGGAUCAGACCGUGUGGUCCUCAUUAGUAACAACCUGGGCUGGCCCAACGGCCUCGCCAUCGACAUGGCUGGCUCACAGUUACUGUGGGCCGACGCUCACACUGAGCGUAUCGAGUCAUCUGACCUGAACGGGCAGAAUCGCCGCACCCUUGUGACGCCAGUCCAGCACCCAUACGGUUUAACCCUAAUGGGGUCCCACAUCUACUGGACCGACUGGCAGAGCCGCAGCAUCCAGCGAGCUGACAAGAACACUGGGACCAACACCAUCACGGUGCGAUCCAACCUGCCAGGCCUGAUGGACAUCCAGGCUGUGGACAGGGAGAGACCACUGGGUUUUAAUAAGUGUGGCAGGAGAAACGGGGGCUGCACCCACCUGUGCCUGCCUCGUCCCAAUGGUACAUCCUGCGCCUGUCCCACCGGCAUCCUGCUCAAGAGAGACGGCAGGUCAUGUGACGACUCCCCAGAGACGUACCUGCUCUUCUCCAACCGCGUCAGUGUUCGCAGAAUCUCCCUGGACACCAACGACCACACCGACGUGCACGUACCGGUACCCGAGCUGCACAACGUCAUCUCACUGGACUACGACAGUGUGGAUGGAAAGCUUUACUACACCGACGUCACCCUGGAUGUUAUAAGGCGUUCAAACUUAGACGGCAGUGGCAUGGAGACAGUGAUCAGCCAGGGCCUGAAGACAACAGAUGGGCUAUCUGUGGACUGGGUGGCCAGGAAUAUGUACUGGACCGACACCGGGCGCAACACCAUCGAGGUGGCCCGUCUGGAUGGAACGAGCCGCAAAGUCCUGGUCAACAACAGUUUGGAUGAACCCAGAGCCAUUGCAGCAUUCCCAAGCAAAGGGUUCCUGUUCUGGACCGACUGGGGUCACAUUGCAAAGAUUGAGCGAUCUCACCUGGACGGCUCGGACCGAAAGGUUCUCAUCAACACUGACCUGGGUUGGCCCAACGGUCUCACGCUAGACUACGACACACGAAGGAUCUUCUGGGUGGACGCCCACCUGGACAGGAUUGAGAGUUCGGACCUGAAUGGGAAACUGCGUCAGGUCCUAGUCAGCCCUGUGUCCCACCCAUUCGCCCUCACACAGUUGAAGCCGGUGUCCUCCCCUCUAACUCCUUUCUCCCGACUCUCGCAGCAAGACCGCUGGAUCUACUGGACGGACUGGCAGACAAAGUCCAUCCAGCGGGUUGACAAACACACCGGCCGUAACAAGGAAACCGUGCUGGCCAACGUGGAGGGCCUCAUGGACAUUAUAGUGGUAUCACCUCACAGACAGACAGGUACCAACCUCUGUGGGGUAAAUAAUGGCGGCUGCACUCAUCUUUGCUUCGCCAAGACCAACAGUUUUGUGUGCGCGUGCCCUGAUGAACCAGAUGGCCGACCCUGCUCCACCAUUUCAGGUUACAUCCCCACCUCUCCAGCCAAAGGAACCAGCAGCACUCCUGUUCCCAACAAGAUCCCCAAAGCUCCAACAGACACUCCACACAACUGCACUGACAAGAAUCUAAAAGAAGAAGGCAGCUUGAGCACCGUGGUGACGGCUCCUCAUGGAGAAGGACUUCAUAUCAGCUAUGUGAUUGGUGGAGUUCUGACCAUCCUGGCUAUUCUGAUCGUCAUCGCUGCUUUGAUUUUUUACAGACAUAAAAAGUCAAAGUUUGCUGACCCAGGAGUGAGCAACCUGACCUACAGUAACCCCUCGUACCGGACGUCCACACAAGAGGUCAAGAUCGAGGCAUCGCAGAAGCCUCCAAUAUACAACCAGCUUCGAUAUAAGAAAGAGGGGGGGGUGGACGGAGGCUACACCAAGGAGAAGAUCCGCAUUGUGGAGGGUGUGUGUCUCUUGUCCAAUGAGGAGCUUUACUGGGAUGACCUAAAACAGAUCAAGCCGUCCCGAGGCGGCCUGCACACCUGCAUGCGUACAGACACCGUGUCCCUGCAGGCCAGCAGUGCUUCGCUAGAUGAUGGCGAGACGGAGCAGCUCCUCCAGGAGGAGGCAUCUGAAUGCUCCUCCAUAACCACCCUGACCCCUUCGGCCAUCACCCCGCAGCGUCAUGCCCAGCACAGCCUGCCUGACACUGGCUGGGCCCCCACGCGCAAGCCCUCCACAGAGAGCGAAGUGUGAGGGAGGCCCCACUGCCUCUCUGUGCUUUAUCUCAACCUCCAUUACCUAAUACACUCAUACACACACACCUGUAUUUAUAGCUGGUACAAACACACAAAGAGAAAUAGGUACAAAGAGUUGCAUACAUAGAGUAACGGUACAUAUGCCCCUGGUCAGACAGAACUAAGCUCCCAUUAACACAACUCAUGUCUCUGAAACUGGGGCUCCGUCCUACUUGUGCGCGAACACACAUACACUUGCAGUACAGUCCUCCAACAGUACCCUCAGUGCUACUGCCUUUUGGCAAAAUCAUAAACUAACGAGCAUGCUGGAAUAAGGAAGCAAAAGACUCUGGGGAGGAAGUGAACAGAGAGACACAAGCGUUAUCUGGAGCCUUUUUAAAGGAUGCAGACACUCAAUGCCACAAACGCUUCUCUGUGUAGAACUUUUAUUUUUUGUGAACUUUUUUGGGGGGACAAAGCUAAAACUACGACAUACUCCCCUGGACGAUGUAACCGUGAUACUCUCUCUAAUGCCACUCAUGUCUUUAUGAACUCUAUUUAUGAACGUUUUUGUACUUGUGGAGUGGGUUUGCUGACUUUCAGAGAGUGUUGUGGUAGAACUUUAUGCAGCAGGACCCGGGUAUUCAGGGGUUGUAUUUAUGACAGUGCCAAAGGGUGGGGCUUCACAGAGUCUCCAUGCUUCUUUCUGCAUUUACAUUUCAAUAGAAAUCUAGUUCUUAAUUAGGGGAUGUUUGUUUCAUUUGACUUUACUGACUUGCCCUCACAUGUGGGAGACCUCAGUGAUGACACCCUCUGCUUCUGAUUCUUUAUUUUACGGUCUCCAACAGAUCAAGCAAGGACUUCAUGUAGCUGGUACUCUCAGCUGGUUGCAGAAGUCCAUUCAUCUACUGCAAAAGUAACCUGAAAGGAGCCUUUAGUGUUUUGUUUUGUUUUUAAAGUUGUAAUUCAAACAUUGCUUAUCCUCCACCAUUGCAGAGGAAGCCACAAUGAAGUAACAGCCUAAGUGCCAAACAUUUCAUUCUUUUUCCUCCUUCAGCUGUAUAUUUAUUUUUCUCAGAGGUUUUAACAUGUUCGUGACAUUCAUUUUACUUGGGUUUGGUCACCCAGAUCACAGAGAAAAAAAAUAAUUAAUUCUCAGACCUGGAGAUGGUUGUGGUUUUAUUUACCCAAGUGUUAGAUAUAUGUCCCUGGGAUUUCUUCUGCCUGAAAACUUUCAUUGGUCUGUCCAAAAAAUUGUGAAUCGUGUUCCUGGGGUUUAAUAUCUGGAUAUAUGAUGAUCUACGACAGCACUUACUAUUGAAGCUCUUAGAUUUUUAACAAGUUCCACGACAAUUAAUUUUUAGUGCAAGAAACAGUUCCCUUUUUUUCACCGUGGGAGUGUGUCCGUUAUAUAUUGUCCUCACCAAUGGACCUUCAUCCAUGCUUUCCAACCACAUUAUCUAUUAAUGUCAUCUCUCAAACUUUUUUGCUGUAUUAUUAUAAUUAUACACCAUUCGGUCCUCCCUGUCCACUCUACCCACUGGUCAAACAUAAGAUAAACAAUAUUACAUGUUUUUUUAAAAGAAAAUUACAAUACCUGUUUGACUAGACUAAACACAAUAAUGUUGAGCAACGUUAUGUUGUAGGAUUAGAUGUAGCGUCACUACAAAUGUUCAUGUGAUUUUGAUUUAGAUUUUCUGACUUUUGGGACAUAAUCACAAAAGUUCCAGUUUGCCAGAUUGUAUUGGGGUAGCAGCAAGUUUCAGAGGCAAAUAUAUCAAAAACUUGGCACAUAAAACCAAAAGUAUCUGCGUGGCCAAACACUAGUAGGGGUAAAUGAGAGCAUUUGUUCUGUUCGUAAUUUUGAGUUUUUACCCAUAAACUCUAAAUCUGUAAUGCAAAGGUGUACUUGCAGUAUCUGCCACAGUACAGUAUAGCUAAAUGGGUAACUUAGGAACACUGUGCAUGUCUGACCCCAUUGGACAGUGAGGGUUUAUAGUUUAGAAAUAUAUCACUGACAACUUAGUGAAAAUUGAAUUUAAUACAAGUAAAGAUAUUAUGCAUUGCUUUAACUUCUGUCUGUUGUUGAAAUAUGGUACAAGGAAAUACUUUAUUACUAUAUUGACAAAUAUAUCAGUUAGACUUUACAGAACCAUGUAUUUUGAAGUAUCUGCUACAAGCUCAGCAACCUGCUGAUUUGCUGCUAGACGAAGCACUGAGGCCAAUGGAAGAGGGUCUUGGCAGCUACCUUACUACGGUCUCUGACGGUUGGUUUACAGUAGGCCUACAGAGCAUCACAGCGACCCGAUAACCGAUCACCCCGGCUCACAGUCCCUCCAACUCUGCUGCAUGAAUGCUAAAACUGUACAGAUUUUAUCAUGUGGAUAUAAGCAUUUAAACAUUUCUUUUGAAGAUAUUUCAUUGAUUAAGUUGUAUAGUCUUUUGUACAAAGGGAUUUCAUGAUCGUUUUUAGACUUGUAUUAAUUUUACUCACUGGAGAAGAACAUUUUUUGUUUCGUUUUUGCUGGAUUAUUUUAACCACUGUGUUUCCAAGCCUUGUAUAUGGUAGGGAAGAUGCCAGUUAUUUAAUAGUGCUCUUUUAUCUUAUGAAAUACAGGUCGCGUAUAGCUGUUGUAAAGUUAACAAAAAGAGGUAUUUAUGAUUUCUGUUUGGUUGUCACUUGAUGUGUAAAUAUGAAAAGACUGUAUAUGUAUUUCCAUGGCGGUACUAACAAGCUGUGUUGUGUGAUAUAGUGAAUUAUCCCUUUGCUAUCUUUUAAUAUAAAAUUGCAUUUGCGUUUCAAUGAAA